UUAAGUUUAUUUAUUUAUUAUGAGAGAGAGAGUGAGAGAGUAUACCAGGGACAGAGAGGGAGAGAAGGAGAGAGAGAAUCCCAAGCAGACUCUGUACUGUCAGCGCAGAGCCUGACAUGGGCCUCAAACCCACAAACCGUGAGAUCAUGACAUGAGCUGAAGUCAAGAGCCAGAGAUUUAACCGACUUAAUCACCCAGGCACCCUGACUUGUAUAUAAUUCUUUAAUAAUUUUUUUAAUGUUUAUUUUUGAAAGAAAUAGAGAGAGCACGAACAAUGGAGGUGUAGAGAGAGAAGGAGACACAGAAUCUGAAGCAGGCUCCAGGCUCUGGGCUAUCAGCACAGAGCUGGACAUGCGGCUCGAACUCAUGAACCCAAGACCACGCCCUGAGCUGGAGUGGGUCGCUUGACUGACUGAGCCACCCAGGUGCCCCUCUGUAAUUGCUAAGAUACCUAGAAUUUGAUACAAGCACACAAGGCAUAAGAAAGCAAAUUACUCCAGGGGUGCCUGGGUGGCUCAUUCAGUUAAGCGGCUGACUCUUGGUUUUGGUUCAGGUCAUGAUUUCACAGUUCUUGAAUUCGACCCCACAUCAGUCUCUAUGUUGACUGUGCAGAGCCUGGUUGGGAUUCUGUCUCUGCUUCUCUCUCUCUACCUCACCCCUCCUCAUGUUCUGUCUCUCAAAAUAAAUAAAUGAACACUAAAAAGAAGAAAGAAAAUUACUCUGAUUCACUUAUGUCCAUUUCAUAUUAUGUUCAUGUUAUAUUUUAAAUAAAGUUUCAAAAACUUGAAAGAUUUUUUCCUCCUUUUUCUUUUUUUAUUAACUACCUAAAGUAAAAUCUUUCACAAUCUGAGGCAGCCUGAAAUAGUGACAGCAUAAUGAUUUAGAGCUGGAAGAAUGUUCCACAGACUUUCACCAGUCUCUAGCUUUGAGAUCUGAGGGCAAUCCACAGCCUCUACGCACUUAAGUUUCCUUUUUCUAUCGAGUAGAGAUAUAAAACACACUAUAUUGACCUUAGUAGAUUUCUAUUUCUAGCAUUAUAUUAAAUAAGCAAUAUGAUUUUGGCCACCUGUAACAUUCAAUUUCUUCAUCCACAAAAUAAUACCUACCCUCUUCACAUGUUUGAUAAUUAAAUUACAUAUGGUAUGUACAAAAAAUGCUUCAGUAUAAUUUUAAGUAUAAAAGAUAAUUAGUAUUAACAUUCCAUUUGUAAAAGGUAAUGAUCGCUAUCUCAGAAAGAGAGCAAAAUGAUUUUUUACUUGUUUUGUUCAGGGACAAGAUUCUUUUAUGUGUCUUUACCUUAAAAUGUUAUGCCUUCUUAUUUUAUUCAUUGUAUAUCCCUCACUUUAAACAAAAACUAGGCAUUUAGUAAGUGUUUACUACAUGAUGAACAUUAUUGAUACUAAAUGCAUAUUACUUAAUUUCACUUUUUAAAAUACCCAUAACUAAUUGUACUGAUGUCCUUUGUUCUUUCCUUUUCUCUUUUUUCUUAUCAUUUCUUCUUCCUUCCUUCCUUCCUUCCUUCCUUCCUUCCUUCCUUCCUUCCUCUUUCUUUCUUUCUUUCUUUCUUUCUUUCUUUCUUUCUUUCUUUCAAGUUGUUAACUUAGCAAAUGUGGCUCCAUGAGUUAAACACAUAUCUAACUCUUUAGGUCCCUGUCUUUCUUAUUAUACACUGUCUUUAUUUUAUUUUAAUUUUUUUAAUUUAUGUAUUUAUUUUGAGAGAGAGAGAGAGUGCACGUGUGAGUGGGGAAGGGUGAGAAGAAAGCGAGAGACAAUCCCAAGCUGGCUCUGUGCCCCUAACGAAAUGUGAGAUCAUUAUCUGAGCCAAAACCAAGAGUCGGACACUUAACUGACUCCCAGGCACUCCUACAUUGUCAUUGUUAUAAUGUUUCAUUUCAUUGCACAUUAAGAAUUGACUUAUUUUAAUAGAAUGGAAGAUCUUGCUAGAGAGAUUUUGCCAUAGAAUAAAUCUAAUUUUAAUCAUCUUAAAAGUACAAAAAUCAUAAUCAUGAAGUAGUAUAAAACAAAAGUAACUUGAUGUUAUUGAAAAGGGACAUGAAUAGAAUGACAAGUGAAGUUGUGAAAAUGUGUGACCCAAGUGGCAGAAAGGCUAUGACUCCUAUUGGCCUGAAUUGUUUUCGUCUAGCCAUGGACGCAGUCCGUAAUUCCAACUCUGAGCUGGUAUAUCAUGGUAUUUCCACACGACCAAAGAGAAGGCGUGUAUUAAACACAAGCAAAUAUAGAGAAAACCCAUCUCCAUUUUUCCUAGUCCAUUCCAUUGCUAUAGCUCUGGGGAUCCACUUCAUUAUUAUGGUAAUGAUAUGCGGUGCCAUAAUCAUACAUUCAUUAUUCCACCAAGAAGCUCCACUUCCUUUACAAGAAAGUUAUUGUGGCCCAUGUCCUAAAAACUGGAUAUGUUAUAGAAAUACCUGCUACCAAUUUUUUAAUGAAAGCAAAAGCUGGUACCAAAGCCAAGCCUCUUGUGUGUCUCAAAAUUCCAGUCUCUUGAAGAUAUACAGCAGAGAACACCAGGAUUUCCUAAAAUUGGUGAAGUCUUAUCAUUGGAUGGGACUAAUACAAACGCCACCAAAUGGAUCAUGGCAAUGGGAAGAUGGCAGCAUUCUCUUACCCGACCAACUAACCAUGGUUGACAUGCAGAAUGGAACCUGUGCAGUUUAUGGAUCAAAUUUUAAAGCUUAUACAGAAAACUGUUUAACUCCAAACACAUACAUCUGCAUGCAGAGGAUUGUGUAAAAGCUGAUGAUGUAUAAAAUAUAAAAGAUUCAAACACACAGAAGCCUUUUGCCAAAUGUGCUGUGGAAAAAACUUCCGGCAGAAAAUUCCACCAAUAAUUAUUGUAUUAUUUUUCCAUCUAUGACCUGACACAAAAAUAACCUUGCAGGGGAAUAAAGGCCAACAGUUAAAAAACUUAUCUUCCAUAAGAAUGUUUUGUUUAAUUUUUGCAAAAUUUUGGGUAACGAACAGAUUCAUUUUUACAUUUAAUAAACUGUUGAUGAAACCCAGGGUUGAACUAAAUUUCAAACUAUGAGUUUAUUAAAUGUACACAAAAAUUUACACUAAGAAGGCUUUUAGCAAUUUUGAAAAUCAAAUAAAUCUAAACUGGGUGAAGGGUAUAUGAGGGUUAGUGAAAUUUACUAUAUUGAAACAUUUUCAAAAUAAGGGUUGAAAGGUCAACAGAUACACCCUCAAAAUUUCAAAAUGCCACUACCAUUUUAAUACAGCACAUUUUGGUAGAAAUUGAAUUACUCCCCCUAGUACUGCGCUGACUGCUGCAAAAUACAGAAUAUGAAGAAUUGAGUUUGAAGCGGACUUUCUAGGCUUCGAGGCAAAAAUGGCGUUUGAGUGUGAAACCCGUGGAGCGACCAAGAUGUUUCUCGGCAAACCAGUAGGAUGACAGAACUCUUGGCAAAUGGAAUAAUAACAUGCAAGUGAGCAGCAUUUGGAAGAGUCUGUUACUCUAAAGGAAGCCACUUUGUAUUGAUAGGUCUGGUUCUGCGUUUUAUUUGUUCAUUCAUUCGUCUGUUUUAGAUUCCAUAUAUGAGUGAAAUCCAAUAGUAUUUGUCUUUCUCAGCCUGACUUAUUUCACUUACCAGAAUAUUCUCCAGGUCCUUCCAUGUUGUCAACAAAUGGCACAAUCUCAUCCUUUUUUAGGGCUGUGUGAUAUUCCAUCGUAUAUGUCCAUAUAUAUCUACCAUGUCUUCUUAUCCAUCUGUCUAUUGGUGGACAUUUAGGCUGCUUCCAUACCUGAAGCGAACGUAACAUCGUGUACCUACUAUACACAAACCGAAAAAAGUUACCAAAAAAAAAUCCAUUUUGAUAAGAGCAGAAUGAUGAAGAAGACAAGGAGCUUAAGAAGGGGAGGAGAGAGAAGCAGAGGCUAAAUCCAGAGGUGUGGACCUUUGUGCACCCAUUAUAAUUUUGGUUUUCAUUCCAAGUGUACUUGCCAUUUGUGUGUUUUGUGACAGGCAUGAAGCCAUGGAUUGAACAGCGUUUUUGCGGAAAAUUACGAUAAAAUGUCAUGAAAAAAAUCAUUUUCUUAUUUUUUUUUAAUUUAAUUAAAUUUUUUAAUUUAGUUUUUAAAUGCUUGUGUAAAGUAAUACGCACAAAUCAUAAUUAACAAAGCUUAGCAUUUAGUCAAGUUUGUUUUAAGAUUUUAUUAUUAAAUAUUUAAAUCACAGAGAGUGAAAUGUUCUCACCACAACAAUAAAAUGGUAAUUAUGUGACCUGCUGGAUUUGUUAACUAACCUUAUUGUGCUAAUCAUUUGUAUUGUAGAUUUGCUUUAUGUAUCAAUUGUAUUUUUCAAAUCCAUAAUAUUUUAUAUAGUUAUAAAGAGGCAGAAAUGUGAAAUCAAGCUUAUUCAAUGUAGUAUUAAACUAUCUCUGUUUUUAAUAGCAAUUUUAUCCUUGCCAAUGUUAAGCUAGCCUAUGAAAUGUAUUUAGAAAUGCUUUUUCUAUUUUCCAAAACGGCUUAUAUAAAAUUGAAAAAUAUAACCAUGAAAUUUUCAAAGAAA